AUGGAAAGAUACGAUCGCGGGGACGACGGUCUCCUGCCAGGCCGUCACCCUCCUUACCAGUCCUUAAAAGACCCACUGCAGGUCCACACCCACGAGGAUCUUCCUGCCUCUCUGGACAGCCACAAGAGCUGCAGCAGGGUAGCAAGCGAUAUCAAACUUCGCGAUACUUGCAACUAUCGCGGAUCUUUGUGUUACUGGUUUCCUAGAGGAAAGACGGGCGGAAGAUCGCUCCGCCCAGGUCAACCAACAUUUUGUUCUCGUGAGAUCCCGAAAACAGUUCGGGAGCCAGUUCUCGCGGGAUUUUCCGAGUCAGGGCUGGAAGUUGUGGUGGGUCCCGGAGGGAGGCCUAUUACUGAGAGGGAGAUUAGGGGGUCGACCUGCCUGCGUGUUGUCCUCCCCAGGCGGCGGAGCCCCAGACGAUUAGGUGAGCGCCGCCGUGCCAGCUCCCACAGCGCCCUCCGGCUCUGCCGCUGUCUCGAACGCCACCGGCCCUUCUCCCUGGACUCCGUCAGGCUCCACCUUUGCUCCCCCGUGACGUCGGGCUUCGGUGGGGGGGGGCGAUGUACAGAGGGCGGCGGCAGGUGGAGUUGGCCGCCGUCCGCCCGCCAGCCUCCUCCUGGCGGUUCUCCGCCGCCUGUCAGGUGUUAA